CCGCACUGGUCGGGAUAAGACCAGAUGAGGGACAUACGACUUCUUGUUUGUUGGAAGGAAACAUCUGAAUUGGUAAAGCUCGGUCUCUAGGUCCCUGACCCUUUGCCAGUGACCCCAGGACGGAAGCAUGGAUGCACCGACCAGCCUGGAGGACGAGGUGCUGGAGAUGGUGGAAGGAUCAGCCACCAUGGCAACCCUUUACAACAUCAGUCGUCACGUGUACGGGGACGUCAACAUCAACAACGCCACCUACUUCUCGUACUACCCGCACUCUCUGCACAUCGCCGCGGGCUACAUCCUGGCCUACCUCUUCAUCUUCCUGCUGUGCAUGGUGGGAAAUAUCCUGGUGUGCCUCAUCGUGCUGGGGAACCGUCGCAUGCGCACCGUCACCAACCUCUUCAUCCUCAACCUGGCCGUCAGCGACCUGCUGGUGGGAAUCUUCUGCAUUCCCACCACGCUGGUGGACAACCUCAUCACAGGUUGGCCCUUCACCAACAUCGUGUGCAAAUUGAGUGGUUUCGUACAGGGCAUGUCUGUCUCAGCCUCCGUCUUCACACUGGUGGCCAUUGCCGUUGAGAGGUUUCGCUGCAUAGUCUACCCCCUGCAGCCAAAGUUGACACUAUUCAUCGCUAAGGGGACCAUAUGGUUGAUCUGGGUGCUGGCGGUGGCUAUCACGUGCCCCGCGGUGCUCGCUCUGACCGUCGACAAGGUGGGCUACCAUUUCCUGGUGUACAACGACAACCUCAACCUCACCUACCCGCUGUACAUGUGCUACGAAAACUUUGCCAACCCGCUGAUGAAGAAGGCGUACACCGCCGUGCUGUUCACCCACAUCUACAUGGUGCCUCUCGCCUUCAUCACCGUCAUGUACGGAUGCAUCGGCGUCAAGCUCUACUCCACCGUGGUCUCCAGCCGCGACCAGCAAGAGGCCACCAACCACACAGCGCCGUGCCUGGCGCGAAGAGCUGGCCGUCCGGUCAUAUCCCAGAAGAAGAUCAAGGUGAUCAAGAUGCUGAUCGUGGUGGCCCUGCUCUUCAUGCUCUCCUGGCUGCCCCUGUGGACCCUGAUGAUGAUGACCGACUACGCGGGCCUGGACAGCGAACAGCUCGACCUGCUGUCCAGCUACUUCUUCCCGUUCGCACACUGGCUGGCCUUCUCCAACUCCAGCGUCAACCCCAUCAUCUACGGCUACUACAACGAGAACUUCAAGCGGGGGUUCCAGGGAGUGUGCAAGACCCGACCGUUCUGCUGCCUGUUCCCCUGCUGGCGUUGGGACAAGAGGGCCGGCCGAAACAGGAGGGGGAAGCCCGCCCACGGAGGCGGCAGCAACACAACGCGCCUCAAGGAUCCCAGCCCCAUCCCCAACCACAUGGUCUUUGGAGUGACGAACCGCGUUCACAACGAUCAGAACAGCGACCCCGUCUCGCUGGCAUUGGCGCCGAAGAGGCCGUCCCGGAUGGCGUGUGGCGUGGUGGUCCACUCGGAGCCGAGCAGCGCCAAGCCGCCCUCAGAGACGUCCACCGUGGUUAAGACGGGGCUGACGGGGAAGGAGCAAGACAAGGUCAGAUCCCUGGGGAAUGCGGUGGUCCAGGCGUGGGAUAAUAAGUAGUUUAGCUGAGUUUCCUCAAUGGUUAAGAUGAGGAGAUGACGAUAUUCUUUGGGUGACAAUAUACAGUAUGAGAUGGGAUUCAAUAAUGGAUUAUUAAUGUUUCAAAAGCGCAAUCGAAUCUAGGACUUUUGCACGCUGUUUCUCGUAAGUAAGGAGAAUAGAAACAUACCAUGUGGUCCAGCUGGGACUUCAGGGUCCUCUGCCUCCCUGUCACCUGAUGCCUGUCUGUCUUUGUCCCUCUGUCUGAAUCUCAAACCUUCUCUUCAGCCCUCAAGGCUUGAUUCCACCGGACGCGUUACGGCAACGUUACGGCAGCGGCACGUCUUGGCCGCGGUCACUGCAGCAGAUAGGUUCCACUCUAAUCAAUGAGACCAUUUCCACCGGGCGCGGCUGCGGAACGUCUCAGCAGCGUCCCAGGAGCGGCGUGCCGCGCCGCAGCGCUAUCAUUCCGUAGCAUUCCUAUUUUUGCCGCGAGCCGUUGCUGAACCGCGUCAAUUUCAACAGAGCAGAUCGAUCCGGGCAGGAAGUGAAAAAGUAAAAGUCAUAGAGCAUUCCGGUCAAUUUUCAAAAUAAAACACAAUAAAUAAAACACCAACAUUAUAACGUCAUGACCGGUGGCACCAGGUCAGCAGUCAAUCAAUCAAAGGGUCUCAAAUCAUCCUAUUUAUAAGAACAAUGUCAGAAAGGACAAAGCCUGGCAUUUAAUUGCAGUAGUUUUGGGAGUGGAAGGUGAGUACAUUAGGUUUAGGAUUAUCGCGGGAUCGCGGGAUCUCGUGAUCUCGCGGGAAUACGGCUGGCUCGCAAGGCAGCGUUGCGCUGCCGUAACGCGCCCGGUGGAAAUGCAAGCAGGGCAAAGUCGCGGCCAAGACGUGCCGCAGCCGUAACGUUGCCGUGAUGCGUCCGGUGGAAUCCCCGGGUCACAUUCAUUUCUGCUCUGAGCCUCCUGCUCUCUCUCACAAAGGCCUACUGUCUUCUCCUUUUUUCAUUGUCCUCUUUCCCUUCACUUUUAGCUUUCCUUUUCAUUUUUUUAUGCUGCUUGUCACUGUCCAGCUACUCUGUCCUGCAAGAUGUAAAAAGCUCCCUUUAAAAGCGUUACACUAAAAUACACUGUAGGGCAUUGUACUACUUUAUCAUUGUAUUCUUUUUGAAUUUUUUACAGUAAAGUAUGAGCACUGGUUCAAUUUUUGCAGCAUCAUUGCUGUGAUAUGAGGGAGUUGAAUUGUCUAGGCCAAGUAGGUAGGUGACUGCUUGGCAAAUCAAAUAAAAAUGCUUAGUAGUGCUUUUGUAGUGUUGUAACUUCACCCCCGAAAUGGGGACCGCCCUGUCAAACGUUAUGAAAUAGGUUCAAAUGUCAGUUUUAAUAUUUUGUAUUAAGCAACUCUUGUCUUGAAUAAAAUCUGAAACAAUGUAUGGGCAAAAAGGCUUCUACAUACCAUGAGCAAACGUUUCACUUUGAGUUGAUCAAUGGACGUGAUCAGGGCCGACGGACUGCGGGGGAAAGUGAGGCAGUCGUGGGGGGGCCCAAGGCAGAGGGGGGGCCCAUGGCAAAAAAAAAAGAAAAAAGAAAUUCGAAUUAUCCACCAGCCCAUAGUGUUAGGAGUCGCACAUGGCCUCGUCUCGU